ACGAGCUGGUUCACGUCCUCUCCUUUACUCUUCCGGUAGCCACCUGCAGGCUGAGAUAACCCGUCUAAACAUCGCCUGGAAUGGAACAGCUUUCCAGAUACCUGUGUCGGUACAAGAACUAUAACUUUGCGGUGGGUGUCACCACUGCAGAGUACAUCGAUUCUCUCCAGAGUUUCGAGAUUCGAGACAGUGACGUCUUCCUGGUCACUUACCCCAAGUCAGGGACGAUAUGGACGCAGCGGAUCAUCACGUGUCUGUACGACCUGGAGGAGCAGGCGGAGGAGCGGGCGGAGGAGCGGGCGGAGGAGCGGGCGGAGGAGCGGGCGGAGGAGCGGGCGGAGGAGCGGGCGGAGGAGCGGGCGGAGGAGCGGGCGGAGGAGCGGGCGGAGGAGCGGGCGGAGGAGCGGGCGGAGGAGCCCAACACCCUGGAGAGGAUGCCGUGGCUGGAGUACCGUGAGGGCCGCUCGGACUACGCCCUGAGACCCUCCCCCAGGCUGUUCGCCUCGCACCUCACCCCUGCACUCAUGCCCCCCGGACUGAAGGACAAGAAGGCUAAGAUCAUCUAUGUGAUGAGAAACCCGAAGGACACCCUGGUUUCAUACUACCACUUCUGCUGCGUCUGGGCCCAGCUGGAGACGCCCUCAUCCUUUCAGGACUUUAUGGAGCAGUUUCUGGCAGGGAACGUUGGUGCCGAGUCCUGGUUUGACCACAUCAGAGAAUGGCAUUCCAAGAGAGACCAGUACAACAUCCUCUUCCUGUCUUAUGAGGACAUGAUCUUGGACCUGAAGACUGCAGUGACGAAAAUAUGCCGCUUCCUGGGGAAGAACCUUGACAAGGGCGCAGUGGAGCAGGUAGUGGAGAAAGCUACGUUCAAGAACAUGAAACAGGACCCCAAGGCCAACUACAAGUUCCUGCCAUCAGAGAUCAUGAAGGGAGACUUCAUGCGGAAAGGGAAGAUAGGAGACUGGAAGAACAUGUUCACCGUGGCCCAGAGUGAGAGGUUUGACCAGAUCUUCCAGCAGCGGAUGAUGGACACGCCCGUCAGGUUCAUCUGGGACUCGACGGGGACGUCCUGAUGAAGAGACCGACUCGCCACACCUCACAGGGGGACACAGACACCGGGACCCGCCUGGCAGUUAUCUUUGUGAUGCUAAUAGUUUAUAUAUUUGUAAACAGAUAAAGAGCAGCACAAUGAGACAGUCCUGCUAUUAUGACAGAAGUGGUAAUGACACGAUGAUAUGAAAUAAAACA